AUUGAUGUCAGUUUCCAAGACUUUUGGCAGGCAUUGUAGUUAUGUUUGUAGUGUAGAUACCUAAUGCUGACGUAAAACCCUGACUCACUCGGCCCAGUCUCCUAUAGCUUAGCUGAUGUAAUCGUUUCACGUGAUCAGUGCUGGAGUAAAUUCAAUAAAGCUAACUGCGCGUACAACACCUGAAAAUUAUGAAACUAGACAAAGUAAAGAAAAGAAGAGAAAGUGAUCGCGAUUUUUGAGAAAGUUAUUCGAACGGUUACUCAGAAAGCACAGAGUAAAGUAUCGCUAUAAGAAGCAGUAUGUCUUCUAAUCCUGAAGAGUUUUUGUCAGAGAGUAUUCACUUACAAAGCGAAGUAUUAACGACAGCCAUUCAUACCUGCCCGCUAGUAGCACCAACUAAGGGCCUAAGAGGAAGAAACGAUCUGGAAAAGUAUCUUUGUACGUGUGUUUAUAAAGCAACGCAUAAGAUCAAACCAUUUUAUCCAUCAGAAACAUUUCCACAGAAAGUCAGCGGUUUGAACUGGCAGCGGAAUUUUUGCCAACGUACUGUUAUACACAACGAACUAGCAAGAGAAAGUAGAAUAUUGGAAGGGAAAUAUUUCGAAGAUACCGUUAUUUCAUGAUAGUCAACUUGUAUUUAAAUCUAGCUGCAGUUGGAAAAUUUUCCAACACUUUGGCAAAUAUGUAUACGAGGAAGGGUUUCGAUUAUGUGAGAGCUGUGUUGAAGGACGGAUUACAACUACUGAUAUACUCUGCCAAAGAAGUCCUAAAAUUCUUUGGGAUGAACAGUCUCUGGGAGAAACAGACUAACAACGUUCGACGUGCAUUACGAAAAGAUGAUCCAUCUUAUGAUGAACAGAAAACUGCUACUGAGAUCUCUGAAAGGAACAACUUCACAGUUCCAGAUGAAUCAGCCCUUUUCGUAACUGAAAUUAAAUCAUCUACCAACUGGGCAUGCUGGCAUGUUUUGUUUGACAAGGUGAUGGACAAUCGAAAUUUCUGCAAACCACUCUCAAUAUUUUGGAAGCAGCAUUUGACAAUGCAUUCAGACAGAAGUACAGACACCGAUGAUGAAUUUGAUUUUGAGUUUGAGGAUGGUUCUGAAGGAAGUUCUGAUGUCUGUUCUACGUUAGAUGAUUUUGAGAGAGAUAUGGAAAUAGUCUUUGAUGAAGACUGUGAUAUUGUUGAUGGUCUAGAAGAGGAAAAUGGUUGUUUUUCUUUUCAUUUGCAAAACACUGGCUGUUCACAGUAUAUUAGAGAGUUGAACUCUGGAUAUAAUGAGAUGCAAGAUAUUUUGUUAGAUAAGAUACUGCCUUGUGUAACGAAAGAGUGCAUUUCUUUGAAGGCAAAUGAUGUUUUUAACUCACCAAGCCAAAGAAUUACUGGUGGUGAAAAGCAAAUUGUUACCAAAGAAACUUUCAAAGACAGAAAUUUAUUCAAAGAACAUAUUAGAUUGAAUGUGGUGGAAAUAUGUAAUAUACAAGAUAGCAUCAAAGUAAAGCCUCCUAGAAAAACUGUUUCUUUUGCAGCAGAAAGUGAGCUUGUAAAAGUUCACCACAUGAUACAAUGGAACUUUGCCUACAGAAAAGCACGAAAGGGACACUGGGAAAGAUAUGCAUGUGAUCGAUCUCACUUCAAAAGAAGAAUUGCUAGCUGUGAAAAAGUACUGAAUCAAGUUUUAGAGAAUAAAUAUAAACAAUACCAGGAGAGUCGUCUGUAGUUAGUUUAAAUUUGAAGAUAUUUUUUUUAUUGCAGAUAGAUGUAAUAUUAAAGUUGUAGUUCUUCUUGGCUAGCUUGUGUUUGAAAAGAACAGUUAACAUGUAUAUUGGAAUUAAUUAGCUGAACACUGUGUUACGCAUCGUAAGCCAUAAUUCAAAUAUGCAAGACCGAGAUUUUUCAUGAUUGCUCAAUGAAAUGUACUUGUGUAACUCAACAUACUGUCAUUUUUAUGUUUUUCAAUAUGAAAUAUUUUAUGCAAAACCUAGCUAAUAGGGUUAUAGAGGUUGAUUAUAGAACUUUAAAGAGAAU